AAGUUGGAUGGAGUCCACCAUGAAGCAGGCCAGGAAAGAAUACGAAGAGCAAGUGAGUGGCGGAGUCCAGCGGAUCCCGGAGGAAUGCCUGGAGAAGGCCAUCGGCCUGACCUCGCCGGCCGAUGCCUGCCGCGCCUCCGCGGUGUCGGCCGCGUUUCGAUCGGCGGCGGACUCGGACGCCGUGUGGGAGCGGUUCCUGCCGCCGGACUGCGACGCCAUGCUGGAGCGAGCCGUCCACGUCGUAGACUCCUCCAAAAAAGAUCUCUUCAUGGAACUCAGCGACGAGCACGUCCUGCUCGAUGACGGCAAAAGGAGUUUUGGGCUCCAUCGAUCUACUGGAGCCAAGUGCUACAUGCUGUCAGCAAGCGAGCUGGCAAUCGCUUGGGGUAAAAUCGAUCUUUACUGGAGAGAGAGGUUGGACCCGGAUUCAAGGUUCCCCAUGGUCGCGGAGCUUAUUUCGGUCUGCUGGUUCAGCAUCUUCGGCGUGAUCAAUAGCAGGGAGCUCUCUCCCAGCACCCACUACGCGGCCUACCUCGUCUUCAAGCUUACUCACGAUGCCUCUGGCCUCAGCUCCCGCAGUCAGAUAUCAUACGUUGAGGUAGGCGGCCAAGUGGUGGGGAGCGCCCGCACGGCGUCUUUCCAUCCAUGCAACCGUGCUUCCUGCAGCGGCGCCGCCAUCGAGGAGGCAUCAUCUUCAACGAUGAGCAACAAUUGCGCCGUGAAUCAGCCGCAUGAGCACAAGGAGGAGGACGAAGGAGGCAUCGUGAGGUACCCGCGCGAGAGGGUCGACGGCUGGCUGGAGCUAGAAAUGGGCGACUUCCACACCGGCACAGGUGAUGACGCGGGCGUGGAUUUUCGCAUGGAACUGCACGAGUUCGAGGAGCUGCAGUGGAAGAAGGGGCUCAUCCUCGAAGGAAUUGAGAUAAGGCCUAAGAAUUAAUUAAUAUGAUUACUAUAUCUCUGUAUCAUAUACUCCUGUAUAGGGAUUGGAGUUGCUUAAUUACCAUGAAAUUUAUGUCUGGCUUUGGGUGAUGAGCUAUAAUCGCAUAGUUGUGCUGCUGAAAAUACACUUGAUAUGGUGUGUAAUUAAAUAAUCUGCCUCCUAGGUCAGGAGCCGAUAGGCAGCAACAAAUUUGGUGUGUGUAAUUCAAAUGGAAUUAUCUGGCUGUAAUUAACUGCAAGGAAUUGAACACUGCCGUUCAUGUUUC